GACCCACAGUUGGUGACGUAAAAUAAUGCUGGAAGAAGCCAUGCUAACGCUAAGCUAAGCUGAGCUGAGCGACAGAGACAGAAUGGAGAUUAGCAAAGGACAGAACCCAGAAGAUUGUGCUGUUAAUAAGCUUUUACUAAAGUGCUUGUGUACCUCUUUGUUCAAACCAACCACAGUAAAAGAUAACACAGAGCAUGUCGAUUAGAGUAAAUCCACAACACCAAACACCAGAUGAGCAAGCAGGACAGAACAGAAACAGGAAGUGACUCAACACGUGACACAAUGCCCGGGAGAGCACAAGCCUUAGCAUUGUUGCCUCACAGUGCUAAGGCAACAGUAAUAGACAAAACUUCCAAAUGUGCAACCAUUCACACUAAAUCAGUUCCAGAACCAUCAUACACCUAUUGCAAUUUUGAUUGGUUCUCCAAAAAAACAAUGACAGUUGUUGUCUCCACAGCAUAAGAACGCCUUCCAGGAAGCUUUGCUUCAUUUACAACUGGCACCUGUUGGAAGCUGGUCUGGCGCAAUCAAAAUUACUAGAAGACAUGCCCCAAAGACUAAUCCUCUGUCCAUUGUGCCUGGUGCCAUAUUCUUCCUUGCGCCAGCACUGCCUCAAGUUCCACAAACUGUCCAAUCGAACCGAAUUAAGGCUGAUCCUGAAUUAUGCCUCGGCUAUGUGAGUCUACAUUAAGUUAUAUGCAAAAACAACUUCCGUUAAUGUGCACUUAUGGUGAUAUGUGCACCAUAUCUGUUGAGCUUUCAGUAUAGUUUCUUUGAUUUUUUUAUUCCUUUUAUUUUUCAGUCAUGCCGGUCAAUUGAACUGUCCAGUAUGCAGAGUCAAAAACCUUGCACGACUGGACAAACAUCUCGAACAUAUGCACAAGGAAAUUAAGAGAGAUCAAUACAAUGGGAUUGUUCGCCAAGCCAAAAAGAAGGCCAAAUUAAAAGCUCUGAGGCAGCUGAGAAGAUCCAAUCCCCAACCAGCUAUGGUCAGCACACUGGACCUGAAUCACCCCAACCUCUCUAGCAGUGAGGAGGAAGAUGAGGAAAAGGGGAGCAGAAGGCGGGAGGACAAUUCAUCACAGCAGAAUGGUGAAACAGGAGAGGACGACCCAGGCCCCAGUACGUCUGGUGUCUCCUAUCAAAGCAAUUCACCUGUCACAAAGUGUAAGGAAUGUUCCACUCUCCACCUCAAAGUCCGUCACUUGAGGAAAAAGCUGUUGGCAUAUUCUAAUGCUAACACAGCUCCACCAUCUACUCCCACUACUGAAACACUUCCACUUCAGAAGAAGUACAAGAGGACAUCACUGCCAUUGGACACAAGUAAACUGACCCGCUUUGAGAAGCUUCUGAACAUCUGGUUUCAGCACAUUACCGGCCCAGGCAAGAGACAGGCGGAAAAUGCCAGGCAGCGCGUGACCCACGUUCGCCAAUGGGCCAUAUUCAUGGCAGACUCAAAAGUCACAGACUUGGUUAUGUCUUUUCUGAGCAACAGACAGCGGCUUCUUGAAUGGGUAUCAAGCCUGAAGAGGCAUGCUGUCACUACGCAGCUUAUCAUCAUCAGCAAUGUUCGAGGCUUUCUGAAGUUUUUGUUGGAGGCACAACUACCUGAGGUAAAAGCUCCCCGCAAACAUUUAGAGGGAGCCCUAUUCACGCUGCAGACCCUGGCAAAGUCACCCCGGAAGGAUUUACAGACCCACCGACAAGCUGUGCGCAUUAGAAAGUCAAGUUUGCUUGUCAAUCCAACACACAUCACUAACUUCCUACGCAAGGCACAGAAGGCAAUACCAGAAACUCUCUGUAAGUAUUGUGGGAGUGACUUUGAACAAGUUCAAGUGGAAACAGAGCAGUGUGUGACUUUCCUCACAACAGUAUCCUUAUGCUUCACAGCAAGUCUGACGCAAAAGCCAAAUAAGGACAAGCUCGACAGGUUCUAUGGUUUGCUAGCAGGGUUUAUUGUUUGCACCACUGGCCACAGGAAGGGUGUUGUUGCCAACAUGACAGUUGAGGAGGUCACCUCUGCGCAGUGUGAUGCCUCACAGCAGCGAAUAAUUGGGGUUAAGCAACACAAAACCCGAGACACAUUUGGUCAUGCACAAGUUCCCCUGACCAAAACAGAAUACAUGUGGUUCAACAAAUUCAUCUACCACCGCCACAAGUUUCCUUGUGAUGACUCAGACAUUCUAUUCUCUAACAGCAAUUGGGGGGCCAUAUAAGGACAUCAUGGAAGCCUUUCAGCGCUGCUGGGCAGAUUUUGGCCUGCCAGGAAAACCAACCUUCUCUCUCAUCCGGAGCAGCAUCAGCACUUGUAUUGGGAGAUCGCUGCAGGAAAGCAAGAAAGCUAAUGUCCGCCGGAUGAUGUGCCACUCAAACACCACAGCAGAAAGGUUUUAUGAGGCAGACCUGAACUUCAACGAGGCUUUCCAGACACGGAAGGACACUGCCU